AAGCUAAAAUAUUACGGUGUGAGAGGUCAGUUGUAUAAAUGGUUUGCUGAUUACCUCAAUGGUCGUUGUCAGAGAGUGGUUAUUGAUGGAGCUGCUUCACAUUGGGCACCCGUAACAUCUGGUGUGCCGCAAGGAAGCAUCCUUGGACCUGUUCUCUUUGUGCUCUUUAUUAAUGACCUUCCCGACAUCUUACCCUACGAGAAAAUGGCAGCCCUGUAUGCAGACGACACCAAAGUGUACAAUUCGAUUAGAUCGAUAGCUGAUUGUGAAAAAGUACAACAAGCACCAACCAAUGAAUGCUGGAGCCCUUGA